AUGAAAACGUCGGACCGAGGCGCAGGCAGUCGCCCACCCUCACCUGUGGCCUCUAGCCUGAAUUUGGAUGUACACGAGAAAGAGAUUAUCAAGCGUCAAAUAGAAACUCCGGAAUCGCAGUUGAGUCGCUUAUGGCUUUUGUAUACAUGUACUACCACCUAUGAACUUCUUAUCUUGGCCAUCAGCGCAAUUGCAGCGAUAAUUGGAGGGGCCCUUCAACCAAUAUCUUUUCUUCUUUUGGGUGGCUUGGCCGAAGCCUUUAAAGAAUUCUUCCUUGGAAAGUCUUCAGGCUCUCACCUCUCAUCCCUGGUCGCAAGAUUCGCCCUUUAUUAUGUAUACAUUGCAAUUGGACAGUUUGUUUCGGUGUACAUCUCCACCGCCGGAUUCAUGAUAGGAGGAGAAGAAUUAACCCAACGACUCCGAGAGAAAUAUCUUGCCGCUAUCCUCCGCCAAAAUAUAGCAUUUUUUGAUGUCCUGGGAGCCGGAGAGAUAACAACCAGAAUUACUGCCGACAUGAAUCUGAUCCAAGAUUCUUUGACAGGCAAACUUUCACUCACUCUUUACUCUUUCUCCAAUUUUGGAACAGCUUUCAUCAUCAGCUUUGUGAAAAGCUGGCGCAUGAGUCUUAUUUUGAUUUCUGCCAUCGUGGCAGAAACUGGCUCUAUGAGUAUAUGCUCUUCAUUUAUGGUCAAGUAUACCCAAAUGUCUUUAGAGGCAUAUGCAGACGGAUCGACAGCUGCGGAAGAGGCCAUCAGUUCAAUCAGACACGUUACUGCGUUUGGGAUCCAAGACAAGCUGGCCGAUCGGUAUCAGAAAUUUCUCAGUAAGGCGGAAGGAUAUGGGCUAAAAGGUCGCAUUGCUCUUGCGGCCAUGAUGGCUAUCAUGAAUGGUGUCAUAUUUUGGACCUACGGAUUGACAUUUUGGCAAGGGUCCCGUUACCUUGUUGUUGGUGAUAUUGAAUUAGGAGCUCUUAUCACCAUUCUCCUUGCUAUUCUAACCGGCGCGUUUACGUUUGGUAACAUAGCACCCAAUUUCCAAGCAUUUGCUACUGGCGUGGCAGCAACAGGGAAGGUCCUUGCAACUGUGUCCAGGAAAUCACCACUAGAUCCAUCAUCUUCCACAGGGAACAAACUACACAAUGUCUGCGGGACGAUAGAACUCAGGAAUAUUCGCCAUGUCUACCCUUCUAGACCAGAUGUCUUGACUUUAGAUGGGAUUAAUCUUGUGUUUCCAGCUGGAAAGACAACCGCCAUCGUUGGUGCUUCUGGCUGUGGAAAAAGUACUUUGGCAGGCCUGAUCGAAAGGUUUUAUGAGCCAAUAAGUGGCGAAAUAUUGCUCGAUGGUCAUGACAUCUCGUCUCUAAACAUGCAAUGGUUACGCCAACAAGUUGCCAUCGUCACACAACAGCCCACGCUCUUCGCUACGACCGUAUUCGAAAAUAUCAGAUUUGGUCUGAUAGGGACUGAACAUGAGCAAGCUUCUCAUAAUGUUGUGGAAAGUCUUGUGUUUGAAGCCGCAAAAAAGGCGAAUUGUUUCGGCUUCAUUUCAGCCCUGCCGGAAGGAUUCCAAACCAGUGUUGGGGAAAGGGGCUCGUUACUUUCUGGCGGACAAAAACAGCGAGUGGCCAUCGCACGGGCUAUUAUCGGGAACCCGAAAGUCCUGCUGCUGGAUGAGGCUACUUCAGCUCUAGAUGCCCAGGCUGAGCGACUGGUACAGGCGGCACUUGAUGUUGCUGCUAAAGGCCGGACAACGAUCACAAUUAGUCACAGAUUAUCCACUAUCACAGCAGCAGAGAAUAUUGUGGUUAUGUCUCACGGGCGUGUUAUUGAGCAAGGAGCCCACAAUAACUUGCUCCAGAAACGAUCCAUAUAUUAUGAGUUAGUGGAAAAACAGCGCAUGUCGACCGAAAGGGGUGUUGUCCUCAGUGCAUCAAACAAGCAUUCUGAGCUUCUUGACUUGGAAGGCGACCGCAAUGAGUUCGAAAAGCAAAAUCUGGAGAUGGGGCAGCACCAAGGAGCCGAAGACUGCGAAAGGAAUUCAGAGGUGAAGGCUGACAGUCGUGAAUACUCUUUGUGGCAGCUGGUCAAGUUCGUCGCCAAUCUCAACAAGGAAGAAACCCUCACCAUGGUAUGGGGUCUCCUUUUUUCAAUCAUCACAGGCGCUGGAAAUCCCACCCAGGCCGUGUUCUAUGGCAAGACAAUCUCGGCUAUGUCGUUGCCCCCUGAUAUGUAUGGAAAGUUACGUCACGAUGUCAACUUCUGGAGUUUGAUGUAUCUGAUGCUGGGAGGAACUGCAUUCCUGGGCUGGGGAGCGUCAGGUCUCUGUUUCGCCUACUGCUCCGAGCGCCUAAUUCAUCGUGCCAGAAAUCACUCUUUCCGAGCUAUUCUCUAUCAGGACAUAUCCAUUUUCGACAAAACAGGGUUCUCAGCCGGCUCACUCACAUCCUCAUUAUCUACGGAUGCCACGAACCUUGCAGGAAUGAGCGGUGUCACGCUAGGGUCCAUCUUUAUUGUGUCAACGACUUUGGUCGCCGGCGUGACGGUGUCAAUUGCGAUAGGUUGGAAGCUGGGGCUCGUUUGUACCGCGACUAUUCCAAUUGUUCUUACUUGUGGUCUCGUUCGACUCAAAAUCCUCGGUGAAAUAGCCCGACAGUCAAAGGCAGUUUAUGCAGCUUCAGCAACCUAUGCGUGUGAGGCAAGUUCCGCCAUCAAGACGGUUGCAUCGUUGAAUCUUGAAAGCCAUGUACUCAAAGAGUAUCAUAACAUUUUGGAAGCUCAACGACAGAAGUCGGUUAUCUCAACGCUCAAGUCAUCGACUUUCUAUGCAGCCUCUCAGUCGGCAAACUUUCUCUGCAUUGCGCUGGCUUUCUGGUAUGGAGGCAGUCUGAUCAUCAACGAAGGUUACUCAAUGGUACAGUUCUUCAUCGCUUACGCAGCUGUGAUUGUUGGAUCCUUCAGCGCCGGAGCUAUUUUCUCUUUCGCGCCAGAUAUGAGCAAAUCCCGCCAGGCCGCCUGUGAUAUUAAAAAGCUUUUGGACCGACCUGUCAACAUUGACGCCCGUCAAAAGUCUGGUGAGCUGGUAACAAGAAUUGACGGUCGCUUGGAGAUGCGAGAUGUUUAUUUCCGCUACCCCAACAGACCCGAUAGAGUUGUUCUUCACGGCCUAAGCUUGAGUGUUCACCCAGGUCAAUACAUAGGUCUUGUGGGAGCGAGUGGAUGUGGAAAAAGCACAAUCAUUGCUUUGUUGGAGCGAUUCUUUGAUCCUGAAGUGGGUCAGAUAUUUGUUGAUGGGAAAGACAUUUCCAAGUUGAAUGUCAAGAGCUACAGGAGCCACCUUGCUCUGGUAAGUCAAGAGCCGACGCUGUAUCAAGGAACCAUCAGGGACAAUAUCACCCUGGGAACCAGUGACGAAGAUGUAUCUGAGGAGAAGAUCAUCAAAGCAUGCAGGGAUGCUAAUAUUUACGACUUCAUAUUAUCUCUGCCUGAUGGCUUCUCGACGGUCAUAGGAGCGAGAGGGGGCAUGCUUUCUGGCGGGCAGCAACAACGCAUAGCCAUUGCAAGAGCCCUUCUCCGCGAUCCACGUAUCCUCCUUUUAGAUGAAGCAACUUCUGCGCUUGAUUCCGAGUCUGAGAAGGUCGUCCAGGAUGCUCUGAACUCGGCGGCUCAAGGCCGCACGACCAUUGCUGUUGCGCAUCGAAUAAGCACAGUGCAGAAGGCGGAUUGCAUUUAUGUGCUGCAUGAAGGUAAUGUCGUGGAGCAGGGGACACAUCAAGAGUUGAUGGAGCUGGGAGGGAGAUAUUAUGGGUUGGUGAAGUUGCAGAGCUUAGAAUCAUCGGAAUAG